AUGGCUGAAGAAUUUAGUUUAAGAACAGCAGCAAACUUAUUGCCCUCUGUGGACGAUACAGAGAAUACUACUAAACAAUUAAUUGAUGCUAUAGAAUUGUAUGACGGUUUGUUAAAUGUCGCGGGAAAAAAAUUGUUAACUACUUUUGUGUUAAAAACGAAACUUAGUCAAAGUGCGAAACUAAGGUUAGAAUCAAAUUACAAUUCUAAUGCCGAUUUAAUUAAAGAUAUUAAAGCUAAUUUAUUAACAAAAAAAUCUGCUGCAGCGUUGUCAAACGAAUUACAUAACGCGAGACAAUUAGAAAAAUCAAUAGAUGAGUUUGGAAAAUCAUUGGAAGAUUUACUGGUCAAUCUCACAUUAGCACAAGCAGAUGGAGAUAGUGGCGCAGUCAAAAUUUUAAGAGUGGCUAAUGAAAAAAUUGCAAUUAAUGCGUUUGCUAAUGGUCUACGUAACCAUGAACUGCGAACAGUUAUUAAGGCGCGAAAUUAUGCAAAAUUGAAAGACGCGAUUAGUGGCGCGAAAGAUGAAGAAAUUUCAAAGAAAGCUUCAUCUUCAGCACAAGUUUUUCAUACGCGUAACAAGAGUGAUUCGAGACAAAAUAACGCGUAUAGGGGUAAUUCGCGUUCCAACAAAAACAACAGGGGAAGUUAUAGAAAUAAUAGCAAUCACACUAACAGAAAUAAUAAUUAUAAUUCCCGGAAUAGCAAUUACAAUAACCAAAACAAUCGUCAGCGUGAUAAUGAUAACUUUAGAGGACGAAAUAACGGUCGUUAUAAUAACAGAAAUCAAAGAUCAGAUAAUAAUAGAUACAAUCAAAAUAAUAAUAAUCAAGGAUGUAACGUGAUAGGAAGUGGUGAAAACAGAGAAAACGGUAGUACCAGUAGGAAUAGUAACAAUAAUGAAUCGAAUGAAGUAAAUACGUUUUUUCGAUCCUAA